AUGAAUGAUUGUAAACCUGUCACUACUCCGUUGGUGGUCAACGAGAAGUUACAAAAAGAUGAUGGAGCACAAGAGGCAGAUGCAUUACGUUAUAGAAGCUUAAUUGGAAGUCUUCUCUAUCUCACAGCCACACGACCAGACAUUAUGUAUGCUACAAGUCUUCUAUCAAGAUUCAUGCAAUAUCCAAGUCAUAUUUAUUAUGGAGUAGGAAAAAGAAUUUUAAGAUAUCUACAAGGCACAAAGGAGUUUGGUAUAUGGUACAAAACCAUGACUAACUCAAGGAUGAUUGGUUACACAAAUAGUGAUUGGGUAGGAUCAAUGGACGAAAUGAAGAGUACGUCAGGAUAUGCUUUCUCACUAGGAUCAGGUAUUUUAUCUUGGGCAUCAAAGAAGCAAGCAACCGUGGCACAAUCAACAACAGAAGCAGAGUAUGUAGCAACUGCUAAAACCACGAGUCAAGCAAUAUGGCUACGAAGAAUACUUGAAGAAAUGG